AUGAAAUUAUUAGUGGCUAUUGUUUUGUUCUUUUUAUCAGUUGCUGUAUUGUCGAGUCCAGUGCCGAAGCCAGAAGAGAGUGCUGAAACAGUCGAGAAACAAAAGGCUCCUGCUGUCAAGGUAGAAGAAAAGGAUUCAAGAAAAGUUGGCAAAGAAGAAGCGAAAGAAGAUAAGAAACAUUCGAAAUCAGAAGAAGCUUUGAAUGAAGCAAAAAGAAAUGAAGAAUUAAAAUCGGAACAUUCAAAAAAUGCAACGAAAGAAGAAUCUGAGGAGGUACCAAUAGCAACGAAAGAAUCUGAGGUACCAUCCACAGAUGGCGAAAAAGAGCCUGGAAAAGAUGAAGUGAAGGAAGAUAAUAAAAAUGAGACUGAGAAAUCCUUAGAAACAAACAAAAAGGAAGUAGAAGGAAGCGUCACAGCAGAGCCAAAAAAUGAUGGAACAGAUGCUAGUGAAGUAAAAGAGAACGGAAAGUCUGCUGAAACAUCGAAAGAUGAGAAGCCUAAAGAAACGUCAAAAGAAGGCGAAAAGUCUGCAGAAAAAUCAAAAGAAGACGAAAAGCCUGAAGAAAUGCCAAAAGAAGUUAAGCCUGAGAAGCCAGUCAACGAAAAAAAAGAUGAAAAGGACGAGAAGUCAACAGAAACAGUUAAAAAUGAAGGAGAAAAAUCAGUUGAGGUGGAGAAGGAAGGCGAAAAAACGGAGGAGAAAAAAACGACGGAUGAUGCAGAGAAGGAAGUAAAGGUGGAUGAAAGUCCGGAAAAGAAAAUGAAAGUGGCUGAAAGCCAGGAAAAGGAAGUGAAGGUGGAUGAAAGUCCGGAAAAGGAAGAGAAAUCGGAAACACCAGUGAAGUCAAGUAAGUUAACUAAUGAUCAGUUUUGA